ACGCUUUCCGUCGUUUGGUCUCGCGCGGAGUUGGAUUUUCAUCCCAUCGACCAUCUGUACAUUUCAUCCUUCGCGUAUUUUCAAGCGCAGUCUUGCAUACUCGUGCCUCAGAAACAAAGCACUCUUGUUCAAGCGACUUGUCUAGCCUCUUUGUGCACACAAUACAUACCCUAUUCCUCUCGUUUUUAGCCAAUCAAGAUGUCGACUACGUUUACUGAGGGUUGCCCUGUUUACAGCCCCUUCUUUGGAGCUAUGGGAUGCACUGCCGCCAUCGUUUUCAGCUGUUUCGGAGCUGCUUACGGAACCGCAAAGUCCGGUGUCGGUAUCUCUGUUAUGGGUAUCAUGAGGCCCGAGUUGAUCACCAAGAACAUUGUCCCCGUUGUUAUGGCUGGUAUCAUUGGUAUUUACGGGUUGGUCGUAUCCGUGUUGCUCAGCGGUGGCCUACAACCAAAAAUGUCCCUCUUUGCCGGAUUCAUUCAACUUGCCGCUGGUCUUAGCGUUGGCUUGAGCGGGUUGGCCGCUGGUUUCGCCAUUGGUGUUGUGGGUGACGCAGGUGUCCGUGGAACGGCCCAACAACCCCGUCUCUUUGUUGGUAUGAUCUUGAUCCUCAUUUUUGCGGAAGUUUUGGGUCUUUACGGGCUUAUUGUCGCGUUGAUCUUGAACACCAAAGCGGACCCAUCUCUUGGCUGCUAAAAUAUACCUGACGCGUUUAGCAGUGGGAUGUACAAUGCAGGUUAUACUCCUCGGGCGGUGAGAAAUGUUUCAACAUUGUGAGGACGGGUUUCUGGCGUCUCCUACGUUGGAUACAUCAAUAGAUCGCGUCCCGUACUCUUGAAAUCUCUUGAAACGAUUUGAAUGGCGGUUUGGACAUUGGACAGAGACAUUGUCAAGAAAUGGAAUAAUAUUUGCCUCAUUCACUUAGUCCGCGCAUUAUCGGUGUCAUCGCAUUACGUCAAAUUUUCAAUAUGUACACAGCACCACAAACCUAACGAUGAACAGUUCUCC